AUGAUAAAUAAAUUUUUUUUUCCUGUCAAGAUUUUUCUUGGAUCUAUUUGGGUGAAAUUUCUUUGUUGGUUGAUAAAAACAAUAAAAAUGAAUACUGGAGAUCCUUUACGUUAUGUUGGAAUAAAAUUCUGCCCAGAAUGUAACAAUAUGUUAUAUCCACAGGAAGAUAAAGAAAGAAGAAAAUUGCAGUUUGCCUGUAGACAUUGUGAUUUUCGUCAGGAUGAUGAUUCUAAUUGUAUUUAUGUUAACAAACUCAUUCAGGAUGUUGAUGAGUUGAGACACAUUGUUCCUGAAAUUUACCAAGAUCCGACUUUGCCAACAACUGAAGAACAUCCAUGUCCUGUAUGUGGUAACCAACAAAGUGUAUUUUUUCAUGCACAGACCAGAAAAGCUGAGGAUGAGAUGAGGUUGUACUAUGCUUGCAAAAAUCCUGAAUGCUGUCAUAGAUGGUGUGAAUAA